CGAGCUUCAAACGUGAUGUCCUUCAAAGUUCUCUUCCUCCUUUUGGUCUCUGUCAGCUUUGUGCUGAUGGAAGAAAACGACUCAAGAGAAAACACAAAGAACUCCAGGUUUCUGCAGAGACGGUAUUCAGAGGGGACAUUAGCAAGCGAUUACAGUCGAACUUUGGACAGCAUGAUGAAGAAGAACUUUGUGGAGUGGCUCUUGAACAGGAGAGAGAACAUGAUUGAUAACAGAAUUGACCCAUCCAGGAGAGAUGCUGAACCCACAGCGUUAGAUACAAGGAAUCAAGGCAUUGAAGCUGGAUCUCGGGAGGCAACGGACUUCAUCAAAUGCAUUCUGCAAAAUAUGGGGAAACAGAGCCUGGCUCUGCCAAAAGGUUCAGAUGACUGGAAGGACAUCCGGAGGCAAGAACAUCUGGCAUGGCUGAUUUCUGCUGACCUCUGCAGGCCAAUGCUUCAAUAGCUCACAGCUUCCUUGAGGAGAAAAGUUGGACUAACUUCUGUACUCUCCUUGUUUUGUACCUUUUGCUAAUGAGCGUCAACAAUAAUUAUGACAGCAGCAAUAAAACAAUUUAUUAUCAAGUUCA